ACAUUUUAUUUGAAAACCACGCAACUUUCUAAAAACAAGCCUCAUCUAUCAAGCUGCAUCCUACCCCCAGUCAAGCAUCUCCGUCUCUCAUCACUGCCGGCGGUCGAUGAGAACUGAUUGCGAUGAUCGCAGAGAUCAGGGGAACGUCUGAUAAGUGAACCUUUCUGCUAUUUUGAUUCAUAUUUUUCAAAAUCCACAUGGAUCUCAAUGAUCUUAACAAGGUCUGGGAAAUCAAGGCUCUCAAGAAGGUUAGAGAAGAUGAAGCAAGGCAGAUUCUUGAAAAUGUUGCAAAGCAGGUGCAGCCAAUCAUGCGGAAACAUAAAUGGAAAGUUGAGAUUCUUUCUGAGUUCUGUCCUUCCCAUCCAUCCAUUCUGGGGCUGAAUAUAGGAGGAGGUGCAGAAGUUAAGCUGAGGUUGCGGAGGCCAAACAAUGAGUGGGAUUUCUUCCCUUUCAAUCAGAUUCUUGAUACAAUGCUGCAUGAGCUCUGCCACAAUGAAUAUGCCCCCCACAAUACUGAUUUUUACAGACUUUUGGAUGAAAUAAGACAGGAAUGUGAGGUGCUGAUGGCUAAGGGGAUAACGGGUACUGGGCGAGGAUUUGAUCUUCCAGGGAGACGUUUGGGUGGGCAACCCCCUUCAUCAUCAGUGCAUCAAAAUGCCCUGGCUGCUGCAGAAAAUAGAACACGGUGUGGAGCACUAUUGCCAUCAGGACCAAAGCGUAUAGGUGGUGACUCCAAUAUUAUGGCUGCACUUAGCCCAAUACAAGCUGCUGCUAUGGCUGCUGAAAGGAGAUUACAUGAUGAUUUAUGGUGUGGCUCCAAAUCCUUGGAAAGUAAAUCUGAUAUCCAAGGAAAUAUUGAAUCUUCAGGACCUGCUGGAAGGUUAAAAGCUUCAGCAUCUUCUGAUGACAGAUCUAUCCAAACUCCAUAUUUUGAGUCUAUCACUCGCCUGGAAAGAGCUGAUGAUCAAGCUCUGUGGCAGUGCAAUACCUGUACUCUGUUAAAUCAGCCACUUGCUCUAACAUGUGGAGCUUGCGGGAUCCAAAAGAACAUGAGCGUUGGCACCCAGUUGAAGGCAUGGUCUUGCAAAUUCUGUACUCUGGAUAACAGUGUUGAGUUAGACCGAUGUGUGGCUUGUGGAGAAUGGAGAUACUCAUACGGCCCUCCUGUUGCCACUCCAGGACCCUAUCUUGGCACUUGAAAGAGGGAGCUAGGGACAGAAUCAUAUGCCCUAUUUACGAGUUCUGGUAUACGUGUCUUUAAAUUCAAUUGUCACUGUUGUUACAAGGAGCUAUGUUUACAAAUGUACAAAUGUGCCUACUCAACUAAAAUGUUAUUAUACUUCAAUUUUGUUCAUAAAAAUAAUGAAAGAUCUUAUACUAGUCCA